AAGCCUCAAGAGAUUUUAACUUUGGCUCGAGACCCUAUGGGUGUAACCACUCAGUUGGAAGUUUCUCAAAGUAAUGAACAUCGCAGCCUGGAGACGGAAGAACCUCCACAAGAGGGAGAAUACGAGGACAUCGAGUGGUUUCCACCUACGACGAUUGUGCCAAGCGGCAGUGCCCAGACUCAAGAAUAUAUACAAGCGUCAAGUUCUUCUACCCACACUUAUACGCCACUAGAUAGAGAUAAACAGAAAGUACACGAAUACGUCAAUCAAAUAAAGAUCCCGGACUAUGCGAAUAUGUACAUGCCUCUCAUCGAUGCACCCUGCAUUCCUAACACGUCAGCCGACAAUUCUAAAGCGUUUACAUCUCUUGCAAAGUCUGCAGAAUCUAUGCAAAUGUCAAGCUCUAGUUCCCACACCAGUACACCACUAGGGAGAAGUAAAGAGACAGAACAGGACUACGUCAAUCAAAUAAAGACCCCGGAUUACACGAAUAUGCCUCUCACCGAUGCACCCAGAGUUCCUAACAUACCAGCCGGCAAUUUUCAAGGGUAUACAUCGCCUUCAAAGUCUAAAGAAGAUGACGGCGACGAUGAGUACGUCAUUCCUCUAGAAAGGUUGUCGCGAGCUUUGGAGAGGAGCGGGCCUUCGCAUCUUUCUUUAGGUACCUAAGGACAAAUGAAGUAAAAGAAAAUUGAGUGAUCCUACAAACAACAAAAUUCAGCCAAUUUCAGCCAUUGGAAAUGUGCCAUCAAAUUGAAUAGAAGAAAACUGAGUAAAUAAAAUAAGAAAUAUUAAAAGUACUGUCAAUGGUCAAUAAAUCAAUGGAAGAAAAUGAAGUAAACUAAAAAUACAGAUACAUGAAAUAACUAUCAAUACUCAACCCAUCUUCCAACAGUGUGCACAAACAAGCUCUUCCGCACUUUUUACAAGCUACAUGUAGUGCAAGGUUUUUACAUAAUAAAUACUGAUCAACGAUUAUUAGGCACAUCCUUGCACUGAAAAUCUGAUGUAUUUUAAUUGAGGUUGGAGGCAAAAAGAGAUAAGCUUUAAGCUGAUCCUGAAGAAUAAUUGCGGACAAUAUGUAAAACAUGUUACGACACAUUGUUGGAUUGUAAUAAUAAUAAUAAUAAUAAUAAUAAU